AUGGUCCGAGGCGCAAAAACAAUAUUCGCUGGUGUGGGUGCGCUAGGAGCCUUUCUAGGGGCAAAACAAUAUUCAGAAAGCCAGCUCAAGAAGAAGAGAUGGACGGUUCCAGAGCUCGCAGCAACCGAUGCUUCAACGGAUGUGCUCAUUGUCGGCACAGGUGCUGCAGGGCUUCUGGCCGCGUUAAGAGCGAAGCACCAGGGCCUGAACCCAAUGAUUGUCGAAAAAUCUGCAAAGAUCGGAGGCACAACCUCAUACUCUGGAGGUGUGAUGUGGAUCCCUAACAGUGGUUUGAAUCUCGGGGUUGAGGACAGCAAAGAGGAAGCACUAACGUAUCUGAAUGCCAUCAUUGGAGAUGUUGGACCAGCGUCAAGCCAAGCCAGAAGGGUUGCAUUUCUCGAGAACGGUCCUAAGAUGAUCCAGUGGAUUGUGAAGGAAGGUCUGAAGCUCAGACCUCUUGUGGGAUACCCGGACUACUUUCCAGAUAAGCCAGGAGGCAAACCAAACGGUGGUCGAAAUGUGGAACCGGGCUUGUUCAAUCGCAACGAAGUCGGCGAGUGGGGACAACUGAUUGACAAGCAACCAGUCAGACCGCCCAUACCCGUUUUCACGUUCGAAGCUGUGAAAUUGUUCCGUGCCAAAGUCAGUUGGGAUGGUUGGUGGGCUGCAACGAAGGUUCUAACGUAUAGAACUGGUUGGGAGAAACUGAUGGGCCGCGACCCCGUAACGUUGGGCCAGAGCUUGAUCUGUCAGUUGCUGAAGAUGAAUUUGGAGCAGGGCGUUCCAAUUCAUCUUCAAACAAGGCUCAAAGACAUCAUAGUCGAAAAUGAUCGCAUAAAGGGUGCUGUUGUGGAAAAAGAUGGAAAAGAGAUUACCAUAAAGACUGAAAAUGUCAUCUUAGCUGCAGGAGGCUUUGCAAGAAGCAAAGAACUUCGCACCAAAUACCAAAAACAGGUUGGAGAAGCCCUAUGGACGAAUGCAGUACCGAGUGACACUGGGGAUGCCCUGUCUUUGGCCUUGAAGCAUGAUAUAGCCACUGCUUUGUUACAUGGUGGGUGGUGGGGUGUCACAUUCAGAGAACCUUCAACAGGUACAAAUUAUUGGAGUCUUUUUGAACGCGGACUGCCGCACAGUAUCAUCGUCGAUUCCAAAGGACAGCGGUACACGAAUGAAGCGCAGAGCUACAAUGCGAUCGGUCUUGAGAUCUUGAAACAUGAUCUUGAAGUUCCUUCUAUUCCCUCAACGUUGAUCAUUGACUCUAACCAUAGGAAUCGUUAUAUGUUGACAACUAAGUUCCUUCCCGGAUUUACACCUAAAAGCGCAAUCGACAGCGGAUUCAUCACCAAAGCGGAUACUAUUCAGGACCUUGCAACCCAACUCGGAAUCGAUGCCGCAGCACUUGAGAAAACGGUGGAAAGAUUCAACGGAUUCGCCGAGAAUGGCAAAGACGAGGAUUUCCAUCGCGGUGAGUCUGCGUAUGACAAGUAUUUUGGCGACCCUGCGUACACCAAAAACAGAAAUCUGGGUACAAUUGCAAAACCUCCUUUCUAUGCAGUCAGAGUUUGGCCGGGAGAUCUAGGCACCAAGGGCGGCGUGUUGACUGACGAAUUUGGGCGCGCAUUAAAACAGAACGGGAAAGUUUUGGAGGGACUUUAUGCGGUGGGAAAUAGCUCAGCAAGCGUCAUGGGAAACACGUAUCCGGGGGCUGGUGGAACUUUAGGGCCAGCGGUGACUUUUGCUUUCAUCGCUGCAGAUCAUGUUGCGACCCGGAGAUGAUAGGGCUACGAUGCUUCAGGUUCAAAUUCUC